AUGCUGAUUUUCAACUCUCUUCUUAGCCCUAUAUCUCCACCAGACUUGAGUAGCCAAACUGAAUUUGCGAGAAUUGUCAUUUUCCCACCGCAAUCAGCUCAUCCUUCAACAAUUUUCCGCCAAGAAAAUCUCAUGCUAUCACCAAAGAGCAAUAAUUCUUCGUUAAAUCCAUGCCAAAGGCUUUACCACGAUCCUGCCCAUUCACAAGGUCCUGCUAAGUCAUCAUUCCUCAAAGAAUUGAAUGUUACAGAGACUCUUAAUAAAAUCAAAGCAAUUUCUCCACUUAUGGAGCUUCUAACCAUUCAAAAAAAAGCAUUUAUAUAA